AUGGCGCCGCGACAUGCGCCGCUUCUGUCGCCGUGGAGUGGCCUUUGUGGCGUUGCUGCUGGUGGCAGUUCUGGUGCGGAGAACCCGGGCGAACGCUUUUGGGGCGAGGGAAGGUCGAUCCCAGUGGUCCCGUUGUGGUUUUUUACGGUUUCAGCCGCCGAGAUUGGACUCACCUGGGAAUCCGACUAUUUCCAACGUCCUGACCUCUUUGGCGCCAGCUCAGCCAGCUCACAGGUGCUGGUGGCGAGUACAGAGCUAACAGCAGACCUGGCGACGCUGGCGACGCCUCGGGCGGAUCCAACCAAUCCAACCACAGCACCGGUGACGCGGGGACCGGAGACGGAGGCGCCGAGUCCAACGGGUGGCCUCUUUUGCUUCGCGUGGACGCCACGGAGGAAGUUCGAUGAACAGCUGCUGCUGGAAGUGAGGGUCCAGUUCUCCAAGUGUGAUGGACAUCUCUUCUUCACCGACAUGGACAGUCCUGGACCUGAGGAGCCAGACUUCGUUCGCGUGGCUUUGCCUGCGCAGAAGGUGACCAGGGAUCAAGGUGGUUGGCUCUAUCACAGGAAUAUGGUUGGCUUGAUGCCGGCGCUGACGUACCUCCUGGGAUCGCCAGUAGUGGAGCGCUACGACUGGUUCAUCAACUCCGAGUUGGAUCACUUUCUGAGCCCCGCACGUGCUCGGAGUACUAUCAGUGCGUAUGUGGAGCGCAUUGACAAGCCAGAGGAGCAAUCCAUCAUGCUGAUGUGGGGCAAUGCCUUUGUUUUUAACCGCAAGCUUCUGCAGGACAUGCGGAAGCAUUGGGAGAAAUUAGGCCUCACGGCAUCGAUGAACGGAACGAAAGAUGAAGCGGUGGCCGUGGGCUGUCCGUUGUUCAUGAAGGGGAAGUCCGAAUGGCCGGGGUCAUGCUCCCAAGACAUCAUCUACCCUGCGUUGGCCUGGGAUGUGUUGCCCAAGCUGGCCAAGAAGAAAGUCAUGACGCUGGGAGAUCCGGGCUGCGGACAUCCCGCAAAGUUCCGCAACAAGGAACUGCCGUUGGGUUGUUGGGAGAUGCAGCAAAAUCCCUGGGGCGGGGAGUCUCUGCAAGGCGAACUCAGUGCCAUUCGCGUCCUGGCGGACAUGGAACACUUGGACAAGGCGGCAGGAGAGGCGUACUGUGCAGCGCAUUCCAAUGAUGCGGUGGUGAAGAAUUGUAAGAAAUUCUAUGAUGGACGCCAUGUGCCCAUCAUUCACCACGUGAACAACCUGGCCAUCCACGCUUUGGCUCGGCAGUUGCUGGACUCGUCUUCCAAUGCCACGACCGCCGCGGUGACGGCCACAGCGGUGACGGGGGCGAAGGAGGCCGUGGCCACGGUGGCCACAACGGCGUUGACUACCACCACAACAUCCACCACUGCAUCAAGCGUUGCGGCUGCUACAGCUGCCGCGACAACAGCUGCAGCUGUGUUCACAACUGCCGCGACCACAACAACUGCGGUGCCGAUGCCGGCGGCGGUGCCGGCAGUGCGGGUUGAUGCGAGGGCGACCAACGGAGCGAACAUGACCUUGUUCUGCUUCGCUUGGUCCCCACGGCGCAAGAAUGACGAAGGGGUCCUCAAUGAGGUCCGAAGGCAGUACAACAAGUGCGACGGACAUUUGUUCUUCACAGACACCGGGAGUCCAAACAAGACGGACGAGGAGGACUUCGUGCGGCUGACCCUGCCACAACAGAGACUGGCACGGACGCACGGACAAUGGCUCUACCAUCGCAACAUGGUGGGCCUGAUGCCCGCCUGGGAUUACCUGCUGAAGUCCAAAAUUGCUGACAGAUACGACUGGCUGGUGAAUUCGGAGCUGGACCAUUUUUUUAGCCCAUCACGUGCAAAGGAGAAUAUCGCGGCAUACCUGCAGGGAAUGGAGGAGGGCAACAAAGAGGACAAAGCUUCACUCGACGGCCCGAUCAUGCUCAUGUGGGGAAAUGCCUUCGUUUUCAAUCGAAAGUUCGUUGAGGCGCUCAAAGACCAUUGGCCUCUUUUGGGUCAAGUGGCUUCAACGGACAACCAAACUUCCAAAGAGGGACGCGCUGUGGGCUGCCCUUUGUUCAUGAAGGGUAGAAGUGAGUGGCCCGAUUCCUGUUCCCAGGAUAUGAUUUACCCGGCCCUGGCAAUGAACGUCCUGCCUCCUUUGAAGGUGAAAGUGGCCUUCCCUGGAGCUUCGGGGUGUGGCCAACCCUCCAAAAAUCGGAGGAACAAGGGCUAUCCUCUGGGCUGCUGGGAGAUGCAGCAGAAUCCCAUCCGGGGCGAGUCGGAAGCUGGAGAACUGGCGGCCAUCAAGGAGUUGGCUCAGAUGGCGAAAUUCAAGGACAGGUCGGAAGCACAAGCUUACUGCGACGCCCAUGAGAAUGAAGCCGUGCAGAAGAACUGUAUGAAGUUCUGGGACGGAAGGAAUGUUCCAUUGAUUCACCACCUUCACACAGUGUCGGAGCACGUCUUAGCUAGAAGCAUCUUGGAUAAUGACCCGUAG